CAGCGUAGCUGGGAUUGAAGGGAGGAACUUACGGCAGCGAAAGUGUCCCGCUCCGAAUAGCUCCACUCAUCCCUGCACCUGUGUCUUGGUGCACUCCCUCUGCUGCGGGACCCAGCGCGACCUCCCAGGAAGACCUUGACAAGCCCCAGCCCAGGCACGCAGCCCACUGCUGGGCCGAAGAGGAUCCGUUCAGCCCAGCGGAAGAGUGGCUAAAGGGAAGGUUCAGCUGCCCAGAGCCAGCCGCUGGCCGACCGCACUUAGGAGUGCUCACCGCAGUAACACGAGAGUCCCAGCUGGAAGGCAAUAGGCAGGAAAUCUGUUUCUGGCUGGACUCAGUCACUUCAGACUGCAGGAGGGUUGUAGCAGAGGGGGAUGUUUCUCAACACAAGUCAGCACAAAAAGUCCCUGCACCGAGACAUCUAACAGGAUAUAUUUGGGGAGUCAAGGCUGAGAGAGAACCAUCUGAAGUAUCACUGGAAAAUGCUGAGGAGCAGCUGCAGGGGCAGAAACUGAGGAGUCAAGAUGGAGAAAAAAGUAAAGGAGCGACAAACUCACACAGGAGACAAACCUUAUAAAUGCUUGGAGUGUGGAAAGAACUUCAGAUGGAGUAGCACCCUUACUUUGCAUCAAAGAUCUCAUACAGGGGACAAACCUCACAAUUGCUUGGAGUGUGGAAAGAGCUUCAGUCGGAGUAGCACUCUUAGUUCUCAUCAAAGAAUUCACACAGGGGACAAACCUUAUCAAUGCUUGGAGUGUGGAAAGAGCUUCUGUCAGAGUGGCCAACUUACUUCACAUCACAAAACUCACACAGGGGACAAACCUUAUAAAUCCUUUGUGUGUGGAAAAAGCUUCAGAUGGAGUAGUGCCCUUACGGUGCAUCAAAGAAGUCACACAGGGGACAAACCUUAUCAAUGCAUGGAGUGUGGAAAGAGCUUCAGUCAGAGUGGCCACCUUACUUUGCAUCACAGAACUCAUACAGGGGACAAACCUUAUCAAUGCUUGGAAUGUGGAAAGAGCUUCAGUGACAAUAGCACCCUUACAGUGCAUAAAAGAAUUCACACAGGUGACAAACCAUAUAAAUGCUUGGAGUGUGGAAAAAGCUUCUGUCAGAGUGGCCAGCUUACUUCGCAUCAAGGAACUCACACAGGGGACAAACCAUAUAAAUGCUUGGAGUGUGGAAAGAGCUUCAGUCGGAGUGGCACCCUGAGUAUACAUGAAAGAACUCAUACAGGGGACAAACCUUAUCAAUGCAUGGAGUGUGGAAAGAGGUUCAGUCAGAGUGCCCAGCUUACUUCACAUCACAAAACUCACACAGGGGACAAACCUUAUCAAUGCUUCAAGUGUGGGAAAAGCUUCAGAUGGAGUAGUGCCCUGACAAUACAUCAAAGAACUCACACAGGGGACAAACCUUAUAAAUGCUUGGAGUGUGGAAAGAGCUUCAGUCACAGUAGCACCCUUACUUUGCAUCAAAGAACUCACACAGGGGACAAACCUUAUAAAUGCUUAGAGUGUGGAAAGAGCUUCAGUCAGAGUGGCACCCUUAGUAUACAUGAAAUAACUCAUACAGGGGACAAACCGUAUCAAUGCUUGGAGUGUGGAAAGAGCUUCAGUCAGAGUGGCAACCUUAGUAUACAUGAAAGAACUCACACAGGGGACAAACCUUAUAAAUGUUUAGAGUGUGGAAAAACCUUCAGUCACAGUAGCACCCUUACUUCGCAUCGAAGAACUCACACAGGGGAAAAACCUUUUAAAUGCUUGGAGUGUGGAAAGAGCUUCAGUCGGAGUAGCACCCUUACUUCGCAUCAAAGAAUUCACACAGGGGACAAACCUUAUAAAUGCUUGGAGUGUGGAAAGAGCUUCUGUCAGAGUGGCCAGCUUACUUCACAUCACAAAACUCACACAGGGGACAAAUCUUAUAAAUGCUUGGAGUGUGGAAAGAGCUUCAGUGACAGUAGCACCCUUACUUUGCAUCAAAGAACACAUGCAGGGAAGAAACCUUAUACAUGCUUGUAGUGUUGAAAGACCUUUCAUCAGAAUGAUUAACUUCAGGCACAUCAAAGGAUCCGUUGAAGGGAAGAGUUGUAUAGAUGCUUUGAAUGUGGAAAAAACUUUAAGCAGAGUUCAACUCUUUCUGUGUAUCAAAGGAUCCAUACAGGGAAGCCGCGCCAGAAACAGGAUUUUUAUGGGGGUUUCAGACCCCCAACAAUCUUCUUCUCUUAGCUUAACCACAGACUGUUCCACUUCCCUUUCACCUGCUAGUUUGGUGGCCUGUUGUGCAGAGGUUUUUGCUUUCCCAGAGAUGGGUGAGCAUCCAAGAUGGGUGCUGAGGCCAAGGUGCCUGCAGAAGCCAAAAUUGCCUAUCUGUUGUCCAGUUUUCCCCCAUCAUAUCCCCCCUCUGGCAGUGACUGUGGAUCUGAUUUUACUGGACAGGUGUUUAAAAUGAGUGGUCAGAUGCUGUACCACUUGCCCUUCUUCACAUCCAAAGUACUGCUUGUUGUUAUGUGAAAUAACUUUGUACCUAAAUAAUAAAGCAGAGUUUA